AUGAAGCGGCUGACCCCGCAGAUGGCUGCGGCCUAUACCCCCAAGGAUGUGGAGAGUGAAUGGUAUGAGUGGUGGGAAAAGUCUGGCUUCUUCCGCCCUGCAUCGGAUUUGGGCCGCAAGCAUAAUGGCAACACGUUUGUCAUUGUAUCCCCUCCUCCCAACGUCACUGGAUAUUUGCAUCUUGGCCACUCCUUGACAGGUGCUGUGCAAGAUACACUUAUUCGAUUCCAUCGCAUGAAGGGCGACAACACUCUUUAUGUUCCUGGCACAGACCACGCCGGUAUUGCCACACAAGUGGUUGUGGAGAAACGUCUCUUGCGAGAAUCCGGUAAGACGCGUCAUGAUCUUGGUCGGGAAGAGUUUUUGAAGCGUGUGUGGGAUUUCAAAGAAAACCAUGCACACGUGAUUACCCGUCAACUUCGACAAAUUGGUCUCAGUUUGGAUUGGACACGAGAGCGCUUUACGAUGGAUGACCAUUGCGCAGGUGCGGUGCUGGAGGCGUUUGUGAAGAUGCAUGAGGAUGGUCUGGUGCACCGCUCCACUCGUCUUGUGAAUUGGUGUUGUGCACUGCAAAGCGCCAUCUCCGACUUGGAGGUGGAAUUUGCCGAUGUGCCAAAAAAUGCAAAAAUUGCCAUCCCAGGAUACGACAAGAAGGUCGAUAUGGGUGUUUUGACGCACGUUGCCUACAGGUUUGAGGAUAGCGAUGAUGAGAUUGUUAUCGCCACAACUCGACCGGAGACUAUUCUGGGUGACACGGCGGUGGCAGUCCACCCGGAUGAUGAACGGUAUAAGAAAUAUCAUGGCAAACGCCUGAAGUGCCCUUUCCGUGAUGAGACCAUUCCUUUGAUUCUCGACCCUGUAUUGGUUGACGUGAGUUUUGGCACAGGUGCCGUAAAAAUUACUCCCUCCCACGAUCCAAAUGACUUUGAGGCGGGGGUACGUCACAACUUGCCACAGUUGACAAUGAUGGAUCUCAAUGGACGGAUUACCAUUGAUGGCCCUUUUAAAGGAAUGCAUCGUUUUGAUUGCCGACGUGAAAUUGUGAAGGAACUGGAGAAGAUGGGGCUUCUGCGUGAUGUGGUCCCGUACGAGUACCGUGUUGGUCGCUGUAGUCGUACAGGUGACAUUGUGGAGCCACUUUUGAUGCCACAAUGGUUUGUUGACUGCAGCGAAAUGGCCCGUAAAUCUGUGGAGGCGGUACGUAAUAAAGAGCUGCGUCUUUACCCUUCUUCGCACGAAG